AUGAACGAGGAUUUAAAGUUAGGAUCCAUCAUAUGGCCCAACUUCAAGUCGCCCUUUAGCAUCUCAUGCUAUUGUAUGAAUGAGGGAUGCACCGUUUUAUCCGUCGGUAGUUACGAAGGAAGUAUUGUUUUGUUUAAGGUUUGGGAGAAUGAAAGUAGCGCCCGCGGAGGUGGUAGUUGUGCCAUUGGAAGUGCCAGUGCCAGUGUCAAUGCCAAUGCCAGUGUCAAUGCCAGUGUCAGUGUCAAUGCCAGUUUUCCCGGUUCGAAUGAAACAUGUGUGACCCCCGUAGACGGUGUGGGUGCUGCGUUUGAGGCACCAGGUGGAAGUUACAAGGAGGAAUUUAAAAAAGUUACGGGGGGAAGGGAAAAUCUAAGCUUUGUGGAGAAACAUCACGAUGGGAAUGAAAUACCGAUAAGUAGUAGUUCUGUGGGGGGAGGAGAAUUAGGGGAGGGUGUACAUAACGCUAGCGAGGUUAAUCUGCAUAGAGGAGAGGCAGAAAGGAAGACAGAACAAUUAAACGCUGACGGAACGAGUGCAUAUGUAUACAACGGAGGAAAGAGAAAUAUCAACCGAGGGGAAGAGCCAGAAGUGGAACCCCCGGAAGUGGAGACACCAGAAAAUAGAAUAAACUUUCUCCCAUAUUGUAUCCUCCUAAACAAUAAUAACAACACGUGUAGCAACACCAUCGUGCAGUUAUGCUUUGGACUGUCUUGCUCGUCCCUCAUCGAGUGCAUAUCGAAGGAAAUUCUAAUUUCUCUGCACUUGGAUAACUGCCUAUAUUUUUGGUCUCUAGAUGAAGGGAGAUGCUUUAAAGUAGUAAAGGGAUUCAACUUCUUUCUGUACAAUUUGAGGGUGUUGCCAGAUAGACGGUUUAUCAUUUUGUCUGGAGAUAAGAAGGUACUUCUGAUGGAUUUGUGGGGAAACAAAAAUAGAGAAAUCAUUGCCGACUUGACGAUGGAUAAUUACAUGCAUGGGAGGGAUUAUAAAAAAGGAGAAGUAGAAUGUGAGAAAGGGGGAAUACCAGGUACCGAUCCAAAUUCCAACAAUAGCGAUAAUAAAGGUUCGAGUAGAAGUAGGAAUUACUUCAUUGGUGAUUCAGGCGACAGGCAUCACUCUUCUUCGUGCAGUUCAGGGGAAAUGAACGAGAGGAUGCUUGUGGAUGGAAGGGAUGGAGAAGUGGAAGGCAGAGGAACAGAGUCGUGGAGUGAAGUGACUUACGGAAGUGAAGUACCUUACGGAAAUUCUCUCGUACAUGGGAGCGAAACACCUAGAGGAGGUGCAUUAGGUGGAGGUGCAUUAAGGGGAGGUGCAUUAGGGGGAGGUGCAUUAAGGGGAGGUGGAGAAGAGGAAGAAUCCAUUUUUGUAAAGAAAAGUUAUGCAAAACGAAGCAAUGCAACCCUUGGUGUGGGUACCUUAAGGCAGAACGUGAGGAGGCAAGGAAAUAGCUACGGCAGCGUGGAGGGGGAGAAAAUUUCAGGUGAAAAUUUAACAAAUAAAAAAAAAACGGAAAACAGUAAUCCUACAGAGAAGGUAAGAAUAUGCAGUAUCGCAACAGGGUUAGUUCCAUACCUUAAGGAGGACAACCAAAGAUCACUGAUCCAGUGUUUUAAAUUAUUGAAGAGGAAAUUUUACAGCACAUAUAAGAAGAAGGAAAAUUCUAAACAGGUGGUAUUACAUGAUAAUGAAGCAGAUGUGAGUGGCAAUAAUUCAUCCACAUGUGAGAAUGAAGAAUAUGAAACGAUGAAACAAGGAGAAGUUAACAAGAAACUAAAUAAUCUGUUCAGUUGUCCAGUCAUUAUUGUUGCGUCCUUAUCCAAUGGAGAUAUCAUAUGUUGGGACUUAACAGAUUUUUUAACAUAUUACAAAGGAAAAUGUAGAUUCGUAAUCAGGAUAGAAAAAACGGAACUUGAUUUAUACAACGAAAUUGUGAAUGAGAUUGCAGAGAACUGUAUUAUGGAUGAACUGCUGAAAAUAAAUGUACACACCUCGCAUGAUAUGAAUUUCAAGGCACAUGAUAGAUGUGUCAAGUGCCAAGACGUGUACAAGCAAUACAAUGGAUUAUAUCUUAUAGAAGCAAUGUUUAUAUCUAAUCUGAGUCCAGUUGAGAACUGCCUUGAAAUUGCUACGAAUGGAAAUUCCAGUCGUAUUGGGGUGAUAGAUAGCUACGUUAUCAUUUUGCAAGAAACGAGAUUGAUAAUUUAUGAACGCAAGAACUUCUCCUCCAUGUUUGUUCCGUUGAUGGAUUUAUUCUGUCCAGAUUAUCACGAGAAUUCUCAGAAGAGGAAACGUCGGAACCCGCAGUGGGUGGGCCUGCAGGUUGUGCGUAGGCCCCUGUUGAAGUUUUCUUCCGGUAUCUUCAAGAGCAGCGGGCUGAAAACGAAAUCCUUCGACGUGAUGCAGAAAUUGUCUAAGAAUGUUUGCGGCUCGAUAAUUGCGUGGACGACGGAGGGUAACUUUUACAGUUACACAUUACCUUUGAAGUUUUCAAGUCUAUUCCUGUCCUUCCAGUCAAAUAUAAAAUCCUUCUUCCUGAUGAAGGUUUCGAAUAAGUACUUGGGAUCGAAUAAGAGCCCCAUACCGAUAGUGAUAUACAAGGAGCGAAUAUGCAGAAAGAGGAAUUUCAUGGGAAAUGGAGAAGACGAAGGAGAUGAAAACAGAGCGAAUAAUCAUAACGAAGGGGGAAGUAAUUACAACAACAGUAACGAAUUUAGAAUAAGAAUAAAUGAAAGUACGGAAGUGACACCAAGUUAUUUAAAAAAUAAUAUUUCAAUGGAAUCUAUAAAAUCUAAGACACCUUCAAAUGAUCAUAUGAUAUUUUCUAGGGAUACCAUUCAUGAAUACAUUAAUUUAAACAAAACCAAUACCAUCUGCAAGGACACCAGAGAUAAUAAAAUGAAUUCUAUGAAGUAUUCCCACUGUAAGGAUGAUUUAUUGUUUCUCUUUAUAAGCAGGAAGAACCCCCAUAGAGUUAUCCUCUUUGAGGCAUUACUUAGUGCCUGGUUUAAGACAACCAACUUGGGAAAAAUAUGGCUUCUGCCAAAGAGGAAGAAAAUUAUCGAAGAGACAAAGGGUGUGAAUUGUGUGAAUUGUGUGAAUUGUGUAAAUUGUGUGAAUUGUGUGAAUUGUGUAAAUGGUACAAUUUUUGGUGGAAAAAAAAACGAACCCGUUAAAAUGAACCCACAAUUCACGAGGGAAGAUGAUAUUGGGGAUGCCACUGCGUGGUUGCAUAUGGAACAUGUCCUUCCGCCCAACAUACGUAGGUGCAGUGAUCUCCUAACAGAUUUAUUGCACAAUAAGGAGGGCUCUGUACAAGGUAAGCACAUCGAUAAGGGAGGUAGAUCCAUAGUGGCAUACGCAAUAGCAGAGAGGAAUCAAAAUAUAUAUAUUUUUUUAAGCUUCAGCAGUGGGCACAUACUAAGUGCACUAAUUAAUUCAUAUGGGAAGUCGUCCCGAGGAAAAGUACUAAGAAACAGAGAGGGGAAAACAAAUGGUACAGGAAGUAGAUUCAUUAGAGAGUUAUCCAUCCCGAAUUAUUUUUUAAAAAAAAAUGUAUUCAUGACGACCCUACAUUGUGAAGGAAACUACCUCGUAGGAGGGUCGAGCAAAGGAGACAUUCUUAUAUGGGAUAUAAAAAGAUUUAAAUUGAAGAAGUUUAUAAAGGGUUGCCAUUUUAAUUAUGUAAGAAGUAUCCACAGAGUUAUUGAUGAGAAUAGGAAUAAGGGAGGGAGUGGUACAUAUUCAAUGAACAGAGAAAGGGAAUCCUUUUGGAUCUUGAGCUGUGAUGCCAGUAACAAUCUAAUUCUUCUGAAUCUGAAUGAAAGCAACUACGAUGAAAAUAAUUAUGAAUACCUUUUUUGCAAAAAUGAUAAAUGCAGAAUAGUAAUAACGACAGACGAAGAAUCGCUAAGAAAGAAAGAGUUGGAAAUUCGGAGAAAAAAAAAAAAAAAAAUUCUCUUUCUAAAUUAUAUGAGAAUUUUUUUUAAAAAGAAAGGAUUAUACAAUAGUGGAAAGGUAACGGAAAGGAAAGACAACCUAUUGCAUAUGCUAAAAGUUAAGAAAGACUUAAAAAUAAAGUUAAUGAAAGGUUUACAUUAUGCCACCACCACAACGAGCAAACCUGUUGGGGAUUCCAAAGGAAGCAUCUUCAACUUGAAGAGAAGAAUUCACAAGAAAAGGAAGGGGCAACAUGCAGAGAUAAAAAAUAUGAUGAAUGUAUGUCUUUACUGUUCUUUUAAGAAACUAGAAAAGAAGAAUGAAAUAAAUUUUAAAUUAAUAAAUCAUGUGUAUAUUAAUACCUUUUCAUCUCUCUUGUAUAUCACAUCUCUAAAUAAUUUGGUCUUCAUAUAUGACCAUAGCACUGGUCGAUUUCUGCGUUCCUUAUAUGAUUCAGACUUUGCUACCAUGUGUGUGGUUCCGACAGAGACGCGCCACAUGAAACUGGGCGUAGAUGUCACCUCGGUGUGCAUUCUCAACAGGGUGCGCACCGGUGGUAGCAAUGUUGGCGAGAAGGUUAACGCGGUACUUGGGGACGAAGCCCGAGAGGAGGUUGAUGGUUGGACCAGUAGCGAUAAGAGUCGUAACCCGAGUGUGGAUCAAAUAAAGGAUCGACUAAGCGUGAGAACAAGAAACGAUGAAAUUUUACAAAGGAACAUUCCCCUCUUGGAGCACCGGAAGGAUAGUAGUAGAGAAGUGUAUCACUGCAUCCCCCCAAAGAAGAGCAUUCCUCGCGGAAACACGCAUGGAAGAAGAAAUGAGGAGCACCCCUGUAGUUAUAUAGUGAAGAGCCAAAUACCAAUCAUAAGUUUUGUUUUAUUCAGAGAUAGUAAUAUAUCCCAAAAGGCCUUACCAUUGACAAAAUUUUUAUUUCCUUUUUUUCUGCCACCGAAAUGUCUGCAUCUUUGUAGAGAAUUAUUUUCCUUCCUAGUGAACUUUCCCUCCCUUCCAUUCUCCUUGUGUAUUCACGGGAAGGAAUCCACUUUAUCAACAUUGAUUCCGAUAUCGACCCAGAUAUAUUACUUCUCCAAGAUGCACUCAGUGAAGGAAGGUAGAUGUGCAGGAAACGUUUUUGUUACCAUUAGUGGAGGAAGAAGAGAUAGGUACGAGAUUCAGGAGAAAAAAAAAAAAAAAAAAUUCAUUCUUGAUUCGUUGCACUUGGAUGAACCAUACAUAUAUAAUAACAAGUUUAAAAAAAAAUACUUCCUAAGUGAAGAAUAUAAAAAGAAGUACCUCAUUUUGGAGGUAAAGAUGGGAAGUCUGAAACGACGGUGCAAUGAUUUUAUGGAAUUUUCCAAGUAUAAGAAUUUGCAAAUGUGUAGGGAUGACGAGGGAAAUAGUAUCUUGAACGUGGAUCCUGCAUUACCACCUGUAGACGCUGAUUCGUUUGGGGUGGAAGAACCCCAGGGAGAUAUUCUCAACAAUGAAUAUGUUCCCACACAUAGUCGUAGCAACAGCCCUACUGACUGCAAUAAUGUCGGUGGUAAGAAUAUGCCUGAGAGAUCCAACUUUAAGGAAGAACCUUAUGAGAUACAUAACGAACUGGUUAAGGGCGAAGGAGGGAGUGUAAACAGACUCAUUCUUAACGCCUCUUCAGGUAAGAAGAAUUAUCUACCUAACAGUAAGAGAUAUUCCAAUUUUAUGAGUAGAGAAAAGAGGAAGAAGAAGUAUCACAUGAUGCAGUACAAUUAUUACAAAGAUUUGAGGGUACGUCGGCAGACAGUAUCUGGAACGACCAGAUGGUUUUUAAAAUAUUCAGAUGACGAGUUUGCAAAUUAUUCUUCGGACAAGUCUAGUCUGUACCUGUAUGUGAAGCAUGAUAGGAUUCGUCGUUGCGCACGCCGCGAGCAUCGUAGUACCCAUAGCCAUCAUCAUGUGCAAACCCAUCGGAAGAAUUCAGGAUCGCAUAUGGUAUUUCUCUUUGAAAACAACUCCGUGGAUGUAUAUUGCAAUAGCGUGUAUGUGAAGACUCUGUACUGUUGUUUUAUUUUGCGAUUUUUGAGUUUAUGGUGCAGCAGUAGCAAGGGAGGGGGAUACGACCCUGCUACGUUGUUCAAUUUUAGGAGGUACAUAAUGGAGAACCUUCCGGAUAGCAAUACGUUGAAUCUGUUUCUUCUUAGCUACAUAUCGAUGUACCCAUAUGAUAAGAGCAUACGAAUACAAUUGCAGAGGUUCAUGUCUAUGGUAAUAGCAAAUGUUAAGGACAAGACUUUGGACAAAUACGCCAAAGCAUCAACAGAAAUGUUAAGAAUAAAUAAUAAGAAAAAGAGAAUUAUAGAAAAGAGUAUGGAUGAAAUAUCUUUGUAUGAUACGACAGGGACCUAUACAAUUACAAUUAUGAUACCAAAAGUGGGAUCCUUUUUCCUUUAUCCAUUUAUCUAUGCUGAUGAAAUUUGCCUUACUCUGUUAUUAUUACUACUUCUGGUGAAAUCCCAUUAUUUAAGAAAUUCCAAAACGUUUUAUACCAAUGCCAGUAUGAUGACCCUCAUAGUGCACCACAUCUGUUACUACAUUUUUGUGGAUACCCAGUACCUCAUCGAGAAAGAUAACAAGUUUAACAGAUUCAAGUUGUUCCAUUUUAUUCACUUGCUUUCCUUGAGCUUUUCCAUUACGUGGGAUUUCCACGUACUGAUCCAGAGGGGCAUUUUCACAAGCAAUAUGAGAAAUACAUCAUACCUUUCCUUCAACUUACAUUUGAAAAGGGAAGAUUUUACUUUGAACGAAAGGGUGAUUGAUGAAAAUUAUUUUAAGGCACUCAAGGAUUACUACAUCCUGGGUGGGUCAUCACCCUCACAGACAGGAACGGCCAUUGGUAGUGGUCAUGGGGAUACUGCUUAUGGGGGUACUGCUCAUGGGGGUAGUGCUCAUGGGGGUACUGUUCAUGUUGCUCCUUUCUCCGGGGCGGCCAUGCCCAUUGCAGGAAGUGAUAAGACAUUAAGUCAUUCCGUCAGUGAAAUAAAUUUAAAGAAUUAUAUGGACGAUUUUGUUGGAUGUGCAGGUAGCGGGAAAGUUGGAGGAGAGUUUGAAUUGGAGCGAGAAGAACAGAUUUCACUGAACUCUUAUGAGCAUGUCUUCUCAGAAGUACAAAGUGAAGAGAGGAGCGCAUUUUUGACAAAAUCAAGUGAAGUUCUGGAUAUAGGGACCAGUGGAUCGGCCCCAUCCCAAAUAGCAAUUGGAGUGGUAAAUCAAGUUAGUUCAUCAGACCAAAUACAUCCUAUGGAAUCCAUAAACACAGGACAAAGUUAUUACAACGAAUUAUACAACUUAUCAUCUGAUGAAAAUAAAAUAAAGUUGCUCCAAAUGAAUCGAAAAAAAUCUGAAAUUAAUGAACAUAACUACAUUAGCGUAUGUCACUUUAUUUUAAACAUUUUCGAUCUGUACACAUUGUCAAUGAAUAAUAUGAGUUUUUUAAAAUUAUUAAUCAAUACAGGAAGAACAGAACCUUAUUUAUUCUUGAAAACACUACAUUAUAUAACCAGUAACGUUAAUAAAAGAGUAUCGUAUAUGAAUAAAAUAUUAUUCCUUCUGAUAAUCUUGAUAAAAAAUUAUAAAUGUAUUUUUAUUCUAUACAUGGAUAUAAUUAUCGAUAUCCUUUUGAAUUCUCUGGAUCCAUCCAACAACGUUCGUAUUCUAUGUUUGAAAAUGUCGACAAGCUUAAUAUAUACCUUAGUUAAGCAGUAUCCCAUUUGUUGUUUUAAUAAAUUUACACAGCGGUUGGCUGUGGCAAAUAAUAUGAACAAGUGCAUAUAUUUGUAUGAUUUAAAAAAUGCAAAAAAAUUGAAAAUUUUUCAAGGACAUAAGAGAGACAUUGAUUGUAUUAACUUCAACAACACGGGGACUUGCUUGGCUUCGUACUCCAAACUAGAUCUCUCCUUCAAAAUAUGGAACUGCACAAAUGCGGGUCUGUUUAGUGGUUUUUUAAAAAUUCAGUCCAAGUGCGCCCGGGAUAUACAACUCUCCAGGAUAAAUCUCAGCUACUUGUUCCUCUCGGAUGCCUACAUCGAUAUUACUUACAAGAAGAAGAACGAAUGGGCCCUGCGGCGUGAGGACAACGCGGUGUAUUUGAUAUACAUAUAG